CCAGGUGGAGUACUAUGGACAUGACUAGUACAAGAUUCGAAGAACUCAUGUCUAAACACAACAUGCACGAGAAAGAUGAAUUCAAAUCUCUGAAAAGCCUUAACAUAUUCUACCAAGCUGGUACCAGCAAGUCUGGCUUUCCGGUCUUCUACUAUAUUGCCCGAAGAUACAAAGUUGGGGAAAUAAAUGGAGACUUGCUAAUCUAUCAUAUUUUACUUACCUUAAAACCUUAUUACAACAACCCUUUUGAACUGGUGUUGGAUUUUACUCACACCUGUUCAGAAAACAGAUUUAGGACCGAUUUUUUAAACAAAUGGUUUGUGGUGAUGCCUGAAGUGGUCAACCACAACAUCCAUGCUGCCUACAUCUACAACUGUAAUUCUUGGGUCAGAGAAUACACCAAAUACCAUGACAGGAUUCUGGCGCCAUUAAAGAACAGCAGGAAACUGAAAUUCAUUGAACACCCGUCAAACCUGUACGAUUAUAUCGACCAAGACCAUUCUGGGAAAAUGCCAGGAACCACGCUAGCCUUAGAAGAAGAUCUGAAAGUCUACAACAAUGCAUUGAAAUUGUCUCACAAGGACACCAAAGUGGCCCUUAAAGUGGGCCCAAAUGCAAUCCAGGUGACUUCAUCAGAACGCAGUAAAGUGUUAGGACAUCAAGUUUUAUUAAAUGAUGUUUACUAUGCUUCAGAAAUCGUGGAGGUGUGUCUAGUUGAUGACAACCAAUUCACGUUAACGAUCGCCAAUGAAACGGGGCCGUUGUCUUUCAUCCACAAUGACUGUGAUACUAUCGUAAACUGCAUCAUCCAUAUCAGAACCAGAUGGGAACUCUCGCAGCCCGAUACCGUUACUGUCCACACCAAGAUCCGACCCAAAGACGUUCCCGGUACAUUACUAAAUGUGGCCCUUCUAAACCUUGGCAGCUCUGACCCCAGCCUCCGUUCUGCAGCCUACAAUCUACUCUGUGCCCUUACGCAGACAUUUGACCUAAAAAUUGAAGGACAGCUCUUAGAAACAACAGGUCUGUGUAUUCCUGCCAAUAACACUAUCUUUAUUAAAUCAAUAAGUGAGAAAUUAGCUGCUAACGAACCGCAUUUGACCCUCGAGUUUCUUGAAGAAUGUAUCCAGGGUUUUGGGAAUUCCAACAUUGAGAUGAAACACUUGUGUUUAGAGUACAUUACCCCGUGGUUACCCAACCUGACCAGGUUUUGCAAACCAGCAGAUGAAAACAAGCGCCAAAAAGUGGCAUUGAUCUGGGAUAAAUUAAUUACCAUGACGAUAGAGGAAGUUGAGAUGUACCCAUCUAUCCAAGCCAAGAUCUGGGGUAACAUAGGGCAAGUUGCGGAGUUGCUGGACAUGGUAUUGGACAGUUUCAUCAAGCGAAGUGUAACUGGAGGCCUGGGUUCAAUCCAGGCUGAAAUCAUGGCAGACACUGCUGUAGCUUUAACUUCUGCCAAUGUUCAACUUGUUUCACGAAAAGUCAUUGGACGAUUAUGCCGGUUGAUUGAGAAAACUGGAGUGUCCCCCACACACACUCUGGAGCAACACUUGAUGUGGGACGACAUUGCCAUCCUGGCACGUUACCUUCUUAUGCUGUCUUUCAAUAAUUCCCUCGACGUUGCCAGUCACCUUCCGUAUCUUUUCCACAUCGUCACAUUGUUGGUGUCCACAGGUCCACUCUCGUUGCGAGCCUCCACCCAUGGCCUCGUAAUCAACAUCAUUCAUUCUCUGUGCACCUGCCCACAGCUCCAUUUCUCUGAAGCAACUCUGAAAGCAUUGAAACUGAACUUGGCUGAAUUCUCACUUCCUAAAUUUUACCAAUUGUUUGGCAUCAGUAAGGUGAAGUCAGCAGCCGUGAGUGCCUUCCGCACUAGUUACCAUCUCGGAGACAAAUCCUUCACCACAUCUUCACCAGAACAUGAGAAACUUUCCCUCAACUCUUUGGAAACCAUUACUGAUGCCUUGCUGGAAAUUAUGGAGGCUUGUAUGAAAGAUAUUCCUUCCUGUGAAUGGCUGAAUCAAUGGACUAAUUUAGCGAAACAGUUUGCAUUCCAGUAUAAUCCGGCUCUACAGCCCCGGGCAAUCAUCGUCUUUGGCUGUAUAAGUAAAACUGUAUCGGACUCUGAAAUUAAGCAGCUUCUGAUAAUCAUGAUGAAG